AUGAAGCCAGAAAAUUCAAGUGAUACAAGUGGAACGCCAGGAUAUAUGGGUAUAUAUAUUUUAUAUUAUAUCUUUUAUUUAGCUCCAGAAGUUAUGUAUAGAUAAAAUCAUACAUAUGCUGUUGAUUAUUAUGCCUUAGGAGUUAUUGCUUAUGAAUUUAUGUUAGGAAGAGUAAUUAUAAAUUUUAAAUAUUAGAGACCUUAUGUUGGAAGAUCUAGAUAAGAAAUCAGAGAUUAAAUUAUGGCCAAAUAAGUAUAAAUUAAAAAAUCUGAAAUACCAGAUAAUUGGUCAAUAGAAGGAGCUGACUUUAUCAAUAGAGUAAAUCAUUAUUUCAAUUUAUUAGUUAAUUUAAAGAAAACCUUAAUAACGAUUAGGUUUUAAUGAUAGUUAAGAAAUCAAAUAACAUCCUUGGUUUUAGAAUUUUCCUUGGUAAAAAUUAUAAAAUUUUGAAUUAAUUCCUCCAUUUUAACCAAAUGUAUUUAUUUUUUAAUAGAUUAGAGAACUGAAGAUAAUUUCGAUUAAAAAUAAAUAUUAAUUGAAGAUGAGGAAAAUAAUGAAUUAAUCCAAUAAAAUCUAAAAGUUUUAAAAGAUCCUUCCUCUUUAGGUAUUAUUAGCUAAAUCAUUAAGAGUUAUUUUAGGGUUAUGAAUUUAAUGCCAAUCAAAGUAUGAAUAAAAUUUCAUCAACCACUGAUUAAUCAUCAAGUUCAUCAUCCAAGCAUAGUAGAAAUUUCAGUUAAAAAAUUGAAAAAUAAUAAUUUUUUGAACAUGCUCCUAAAUGA